AUGGGCACUAUCGGUAUUGAGCAAGUACAUGAAGAGCUUUUAGACUACGAGAAUUCCCAGACCAUAUGCUGUGACAUAUUUGCGGAGAUAGUUGGUAAUGCAUUGAGAGGAUUUGGAGCAAAAAGUGAAUGGAUGAAGAUCUUUCGUCGGGCAAGAAAUGAUUUUGAUCGCAUUUACUUCCUUCUGAAGGCAAUACAACAUUCCUAUCAAGGAUUUGAACAAUUUAACCGACUUAAAACCCGAAAUGAAAUAAAAAGAUUGUUUGGGAAAUCGGACAGAAUAUCUGAGUUGAAUCGCCUUUGCAGUUUGGAAGAAUGGAACAAAGAUGAAGUCUAUCUAGCCCUACAUCGUGCAACCUCCGCAGUCUUCUAUGCGUUCUCACCUGAACAAAAAGCAAUGGCAUAUUCUAGAAGAUGCAACAUCUUAUUCAACCUUGGUCUUAUUCGUGAAGCUAUAAGGGACGGCGAACAGUCCUUGAAGGUUGCCCAAACUAUUCAAGAUACGGAAAUUUUUGAACUGACAUUCCUACAAGAAGAACUUGCUCACGUUCAUUUAUGUCUAGGAGACAGUUACAUCAUUGUCAAUAGAUUGGCAGAAGCGAAAGCACAUUUUGAGACGGCCUUUCGAAUAUAUAAUCGUAUUUCCAAAUCUGAUCUUUUGGAAAGAACUAUUCAAGGGAUAGCAACAUGCAAUGAAAGAUCUAAAGGUAAUCAACUGGUGGAGACCUAUCAUUCAGAAUGGCAGUGCUAUCGCUCUGAACUCCCUGUGUUAAUGACAAGAAGGGAAAGCUUGGAAGACCCUGAAGGUCCAGAUUUCAAACUUCUUGGAAAUGGUUUGUCGGUGCCUAAAGGUCUUUUGCGUCUAAAGAACACUGAUACUUCGAGUGGUUGGACACUGGAAGUUACAAGGGACGUUUCCGUUGGUGAAGUGCUGUUACUUGAGAGGGCGUAUGCGAUGAGUUUGUAUAGUGAAAGAACCUUGUAUUGUAAUAUCUGCUACAAACGAUGCCUCAAUCUCAUUCCAUGCAGUGGAUGUCCACACGUGGGAUUCUGCAGUGAAGAGUGUGCCGAAGAGGCGGCAAAUCCCCACGGACCAGCGGAUGGAAGGAAGCAUGUUCAACCGCAUUUAUACGAAUGUCAAGGUGUUCUUGCUUGCUUCUAUUCCACUGUUAACGAAGAUUUGAUGCACGUUGCUUUCAAGUGCAUUUCAAAUACAACUCCCGAAUGUCUUUUGGAUUAUUGCUGUUCAACAGGACAAUACGAGAAAAACGGAAGAGGUCACCAAGCCUUUGAGGGUGCCAAUAAAAUUCGAGAAGUGCCUCCUCCAGUGUUUGACUCUUCUGAUUAUUCUUCGAUUGCGUGGCUCUGUACUUGUCCAGAUCAGCUAGCUGACGAUGCUCUACUUCACUACACUAUAAACGCCCUCUUUCUUACCUAUUGUCUCCAUGUAAGACACUGA